GUUUUAAAAAUUUUUUAAAUAGAAAAGAAUUAAAUCCCUGAGAUUUAAAUUUCAAAAUAAAUUAAAAUUGCCAAUGAAAUUUAUUUAAAAAAAAAAAUAAUAACAAAAGCAUAUAAAAAAUAAAAUAAAUCGUGACUAACGUUGUGACGUUAAAUUAUAACCUUUAAAAUCAUAUAUGUCAUAUAUUUAUAUAUAAAUGAUUACGAGUUACGAGUAACGAGACAGACAUGGAGAAUAAUAACGUACUAGUGUCAGCUGUUUGAUUUUAUUUUGUCAUAUAGUGACAAAUUAAUAAUUACUUGUCUGGAACAGCUAUACAAUUAAUUAAUUUCAUACAUUUUAAUUAAUUAAAACCUCAAGUGUGAUGUCAUCAUAUAUAUUGUGAUAAAAUAUUUUUUACUAUUAAAAGUUACUUAUUAUUGAUAAAAAUUAUCAUUUUCACUUAAAAAUGUCGUGGUUUUUUGGAAAGAAAAAAAAUAAAGAAUCACCAACAGAAUCAACUGAGGAAAUAUCACCAACAAGUCAAAAUGAUGAUUACAUAUUAAUUGAAAAACAAGUAAAUCCAUUUGCACCAAAUCUCCCGGGUUCUGAUGCCGGUGGAAAUUUACCAUCAGGAUCAGGUGCAUUGUAUCCAGCAUUGAGUGGUGAUCGUAUGAUCAAUCAACCAGUACCACCUUUACCAGGAUCAAGACCAACAACUUCUGCUGAUAAAAAUAUAUUAGGUGAUACUCAAGCUUAUUUAAGUAUUAUUCCAUUUGAAUUGAAUAAAGAAUUAGAUAAAGAUCCUGAAUUAGAUAGACUUCGUGUUGAUGAAAUUUCAAAUUUUAUUUCACGAAUCAUGAGUGAAGAUUAUCAGUAUGAUUUUAGUGUUGAAAAGGGUGUUAUCAAUGAAAUGGAAGCUGUAACAGAAUAAUAAUUAUCAUUAUUAGUUAUUUUUUUAACUGUAUUUAUUACUCGUAAUAUUAUUUCGCGUUACUAAUAUCAAAAGGAUUUAUAUUUUUAUAUGCCCUUUUGGCUUUAGUCACUAAAUUUACACGGAAAAAAAUGGAGACAAAAAAUGUACGAAUUUUUAUUAUGCUGACGGCCAAACUUAAAACAGGAAGUUAGGUCGUCAGUAGU